AUGCGAAUACUCCUCCUCAUCCUCUCCCUCCUUUCCCAAAUCCUCCUCACAACCCCCACCCCACAACCUCCUACGGCACCACCCUCCCCCCUCCCCCCUCGACCCCCCAAACCCGCCACCGCACCCUACUACCCCUACCGCACCCGCAUCGCCAGCAACACCGACCACAUCACCAAAACGACCCUGUACGGACUCGCCCGCGCCGCGCACACCCAAGGCCAGCCACACUUCGCAACAUACCUAACCCACUACCUCUCCAACACGGGCCGCGAUGCGACCAUCUCCCCCGACGAGCUCAUGGCCUCUCUCCCGAACUUCCGGGCCGAAGUACACGCUCUGGCGGAAUUCAAAUCGCGUCUUGCGUUCCAAUCGCUGCUCAUGAACCCGCAGCUUACGUCCAUCUCGUUCACGAGUUUCUGGCAUGAGUAUACGGCUACUUCGGAGGAGAGCUGGGAUUGGUAUCUCAGUUUGGGGGGGUUCAUGUAUAGUGUGACGGGUGUGGUGAGGGUGGAUGAGACGGGGGAGGCGGUGACGGUGUGGUAUAAGGUGCAUGUGUUUGAUUAUUGUGAUUGGGAUGGCGGGAGGGAGGUGGUUAUUGGGAAGUUUCGGUUUAGGGAGGCGGAGAUGGGUGGGUUGCAGGUGGGGGGGUUGGCGAGGGAGUUUAGGAUUAGAGGGAGU